GUUACUUGUUAGGGCUUAUAAAUAUAGAGGCGACGGUUUCGCUUUCUUCACCUCGCAGAGCCUCACGUGCUUUCCCGUGCCUUCCCCUUUCUUCCUCAGUUUCUUUCCCUCUCUGUCUUAAUUAAUUAAUUAUUUAAUUAAUUAAGUCCCUCAGUCUCAGUCUACAACACACACACACAUAUCUGCGGUCCAUCUGUUUGUUUGUUUUCUCGGGAAAAUCUUAUCCUGUAGGGUUGGCUUUUUGCCCUUUUUUCGGUUUCUGCGUCGGUGGGCCGUUGCAAGUUUUGUUCGUUGGGGGCGUUGGCUCACCCAGAAACUAAUUAAAGCUUAAAUUAAUUCGCUAUCAAUGGAAAACAGUAGUACUCCCAAGAAGCCAGGUCAUCACCGGAGUUCGUCCAUCACCGCCGCGCCGCCUCCGCCGUCCAAGUCCAACUUCGCUGUUGAACUCUUCGGCCCCAAGGACCCUGCGCCGCCGUCCUCCUCCGUCUUCGGCUCCCUUUUCCAGACCCCGUCCGCGGGUCUGGGGACGAGCUCCCAAUUCAGAAGGCAGGAUUAUGGAAAUCAAGCUGGAGACGCGCAAUAUUGGAAAGAAGAUAAGAAGAAGGGGGGCAGUAGUAGUACUAGCGCUGGGGGCAAUGGGAGCAGCAAGGACAAGAGCGGCAUUUACAAUUGUGAGACGGUGGGGCCAUGCCAUUUAAGCUCGUCCAUCUACUACGGUGGCCAGGAAGUCUAUACCCCUCCCCAAACCAAUGAGCCCCGCCCUCUGUACUUUAACACUCAAGAGGAAGGUGACGAUCCAAACGACAUUAGUUCACACAAAGCUUCCAGAGGAAAUUGGUGGAAGGGGUCAUUCAACUACUAAGACCUGGCCUCUAUCCUAAUUAGCUAGGGUAAUAAGGAACUAAUAUGAGAGGAUGCAUGGAUCACCACCCUUCAAUAAUUAUAAGAUACUAUGUAGCACAUGAUAUAUAUAUAUAUAUAUAUAUAUAUAUAUAUAUAUAUAUAUAUAGUCGGUGAAGUAGAGCGUAGUAUACAGACUACCUACUUACUAUAUAUAUCUAUACAGUUGUCCAGACUAGCAGUGUGUACGUAUGGUCGAUGGGACAAGGGUUUUCCUUAUCUCUGCAUGUCAUUUUGAACUCCGAUCCUCUGCCGCUUGUUAAUUUAUAUAUUUACACACAUAUAUAUAGUAGUGGUGAGAGUUUUAAUUAGCUAAUAUCGUGGUCACUGUACACAUAGAAAUGUAUAAUUUUCGUGUGAUACAUCUUUUAGACGAAUGUAACUAUGUAAGUUGGGGACUAUCCAUAUGGAUAUGGCCCCUCAUCUUCUUAUGUAAUUGCACUACUUUGCAUUGUCACUUACUAUUGUGUACGGAGACUAUGGAUUAAUU